ACCAUAUAGCGUGCAAGAGUGAUUAUUGUGUGAUGGGGUGAGACCAGGCUCACUGGUCCAACCCUCCCAACUAGAAACCAGGCUCUCGGUGGGGUGGCGCGCACGCCGUGUUCUCACGAAGUGAUUGGGAAAGGGGGACGGGGGAGGGGGUCUCAGGGGAGGAAGGGCAGCUCUAAUUGGUUUCUCAAUGAAAGAUAAUCACCUAUUCCCCGGAGAGGCUGGGGAUUAGCACUCUGCCUCUCCUCUCCAGCGCUUUUAGACUUCUCAUCCUCCCCUCGAUGCUUUUAGUCCAUUCAGCAGAAGUGGAUCGAAGAACGCGGCUCCUCGCGCCGCAUUAGGGGCAGCACCGCUGCGCUCCAGUACUUAGCGCCCAUUCACUCACUCGGUCCGCUCUCGCCUCGCCCGGCUGUAGUCCCAGCCGCCGUCGCCCGAGAAAAAGUUUCGCGGAGGGGCUCAGGGAAAAACAUGAGCGAGCUGGAGGAAGACUUUGCCAAGAUUCUCAUGCUCAAGGAGGAGAGGAUCAAAGAGCUGGAGAAGCGGCUGUCAGAGAAGGAGGAAGAAAUCCAGGAGCUGAAGAGGAAACUCCAUAAAUGCCAGUCAGUGCUGCCCGUGCCCUCGACCCACAUCGGCCCCCGGACCACCCGGGCACAGGGCAUCUCGGCCGAGCCGCAGACCUACAGGUCCUUCCACGACCUCCGACAGGCAUUCCGGAAGUUCACCAAAUCCGAAAGGUCCAAGGAUCUCAUAAAGGAGGCCAUCCUUGACAAUGACUUUAUGAAGAACUUGGAGCUGUCACAGAUCCAAGAGAUUGUGGAUUGUAUGUACCCAGUGGAGUACGGCAAAGACAGCUGCAUCAUCAAAGAAGGAGAUGUGGGGUCACUGGUGUAUGUCAUGGAAGAUGGUAAGGUUGAAGUUACAAAAGAAGGCGUGAAGCUGUGCACAAUGGGUCCUGGUAAAGUGUUUGGAGAGUUGGCUAUCCUUUACAACUGUACCCGGACGGCGACCGUCAAAACUCUUGUAAAUGUGAAACUCUGGGCCAUUGAUCGACAAUGUUUUCAGACGAUAAUGAUGAGGACAGGACUUAUCAAGCAUACCGAGUAUAUGGAAUUUUUAAAAAGCGUUCCAACAUUCCAGAGCCUUCCUGAAGAGAUCCUCAGUAAGCUUGCUGACGUCCUUGAAGAGACCCACUAUGAAAAUGGGGAAUAUAUCAUCAGGCAAGGUGCAAGAGGGGACACCUUCUUUAUCAUCAGUAAAGGAAAGGUUAAUGUCACUCGUGAAGACUCGCCCAAUGAAGACCCAGUCUUUCUUAGAACCUUAGGAAAAGGAGAUUGGUUUGGAGAGAAAGCCUUGCAGGGGGAAGAUGUGAGAACAGCGAAUGUAAUUGCGGCAGAAGCGGUAACCUGCCUUGUGAUCGACAGAGACUCUUUCAAACAUUUGAUCGGAGGAUUAGAUGAUGUUUCUAAUAAAGCAUAUGAAGAUGCAGAAGCUAAAGCAAAAUAUGAAGCUGAAGCUGCUUUCUUCGCCAACCUGAAGCUGUCUGAUUUCAACAUCAUUGACACCCUUGGAGUUGGAGGUUUCGGACGAGUAGAACUGGUCCAGUUAAAAAGUGAAGAAUCCAAAACCUUUGCAAUGAAGAUUCUCAAGAAACGCCACAUCGUGGACACAAGGCAGCAGGAACACAUCCGCUCGGAGAAGCAGAUCAUGCAGGGGGCUCAUUCUGACUUCAUAGUGAGAUUAUACAGAACAUUUAAGGACAGCAAAUAUUUGUAUAUGUUGAUGGAAGCUUGCCUAGGUGGAGAGCUCUGGACCAUUCUCAGGGAUCGGGGGUCAUUUGAAGAUUCUACAACCAGAUUUUAUACAGCAUGUGUGGUAGAAGCUUUUGCCUAUUUGCAUUCCAAAGGAAUCAUUUACAGGGACCUCAAGCCUGAAAAUCUCAUCCUAGAUCACCGAGGUUAUGCCAAACUGGUUGAUUUUGGCUUUGCAAAGAAAAUAGGAUUUGGAAAGAAAACAUGGACUUUUUGUGGGACUCCAGAAUAUGUAGCCCCAGAGAUCAUCCUGAACAAAGGCCAUGACAUUUCAGCCGACUAUUGGUCACUGGGAAUCCUCAUGUAUGAGCUUCUGACUGGCAGCCCACCUUUCUCAGGCCCAGAUCCUAUGAAAACCUAUAACAUCAUAUUGAGGGGGAUUGACAUGAUAGAAUUUCCAAAGAAGAUUGCCAAAAAUGCUGCUAAUUUAAUUAAAAAACUAUGCAGGGAUAAUCCAUCAGAAAGAUUAGGGAAUUUGAAAAACGGAGUGAAAGACAUUCAAAAGCACAAAUGGUUUGAGGGCUUUAAUUGGGAAGGCUUAAGAAAAGGCACCUUGACACCUCCUAUAAUACCAAGUGUUGCAUCACCCACAGACACAAGCAAUUUCGACAGUUUCCCUGAGGACAAUGACGAACCGCCGCCUGAUGACAACUCAGGAUGGGACAUAGACUUCUAAUGUAUUUCUCUUACCUGCUUCUGCCUUGCUGAAGACAGCUUUUUCUAAGACACAGCUGCCAGCAAACCUGAAGGAAAGAGAGAAGCUGAGUGCUUGGGGUCACCAUGAUGCCUUUGAUCGAUGCUGCUCCAGUAACUAGUGGCAUUAGGACUUAUUGCUUAGAUGACAAUAAUGCUCUUUACAUGUUUUCUGUUUGAACCUAAAUAUAGCAGUUGACAUGGUGGUCCUGAAGCAAAGCCUUUCACCAGUAAAGAGAUGUUCUCCACUGUUGCAGUGAUCUUGCUUUGCUCUGAUUAUAAUUUGAAAGACUGUAAGAAACACUUCAAUCUAGUAAAAGAGUCAGUACCUUGCUAGAAUUAUCAAGAAGAUCAAAAAAUAAUAUAUUGGGUACGAUAGAUUACUAUGGUACAAAAACUGGACUCCUCCCUUGCUUCAGGUGAGGGUUGUCGGUUCUGUUUCUGCAAGCCAGUGUAUAUACCGCACACAAGAGGACCACACAUGUGUUGGUCACAGAGGUCAUGUCAGACCAGUGCUAGAAGUUUCAUGAUUUUAUUUCCCAGCAGUGCUGAUGACGAGACUGAAUGUUACCUUUCCUUUCGGACAGAUUUUAACAAUUGGUAUGAUAAAAGCACAACCGCUAUGGAUUCUGCUGAGAAAUUUCAUAGCAGGUACAUACGUGUUUUCACAGAGGACUGAAGAAAAAUCAACAUGCAUGAUGUAUCUGUUCCUUUCUUUUUGAUAAAUUGGCAUGACAGAGUGGGGGGAAAAAAGCAAUUCACAAACCAUUUCAUAUUUUUUUAAAUAGUGUGCUUAAAGAUGGUCCUGGAAAUAAAUGACUAGCAGCCAAUUGGUUUUUAUUUGUUACCUAACACACCCUCAAACUGAGGCUUAAAAUAUUCCCUUUUAUAAAAAUAAACCCUUACGAUAGGGUGGGGUGGAGAGGGAUUAAGAUCCAUCCAAAAAAAAUAAAAAACUAUAUAGGUGCUAUGUAUAUCUUUCAUCUGUAAAUGUCAGUGUCUGAACAGACAACACAAAUUCUAAUCAUUAUAUGUGUAGCCAGAGAAUCAAGCAUUUUCACUCAAGUUAUCAAACCAAACUCCUGUCAGAUUUCACUUGUACAACAUAGUCUAAGGUAAAGGGAGAAAGGUGACUAAAAAUGUAUUUGAACUAGCUUCCUGUCUUAGGCCUGAACCAAAAAAAAAAGAAAGCACAAAACCAUUGAUUCACCAGAUGAGAAACCUAACUUUAUGAGGUCAGGAACAAGUGUGAGAUUACCACACUGGCCAGGUGUGAGAUUACCUUUUUGUCCAUGGCAAUAUGUGUCUAUUAACAUGUGAAAGGAGGAGGGAGGAGAGAGAGAGAAAGAGGAACCUGCUAUCUUAAAAGUAAAUUAGAACAGAAAUAUUACAAAUCUGAAAUAUCAUAAUAGCUAGGAAAAGAUUAGGUUUGAAAAUAACAAAUUGAUUUCAUGGAGAAAAGAAUUGGCGAAGAGUCCUUUAUUGGCAGGCCACUUGACAACUAUUAGCUGUCCUAAGCAGCAGAGCCAACUAGCAUUAUACCUCCUUAGACAAAUGUGUAAUUUUACAAGCUGUCAUCCUGAUUUGAAACUGUGUGAAUAUGGCAUAUUAAAUAGAGGUUUGCUUUUUUGUUUUAAAAACUCAAUCAAAUGUAUACAUUUCUAUAAAACAUAUGUCCAACUAGAUCAUUAUAUAGUAUUCAAGAAGGCAUAUAUUAUGAUUUUUGUUUGAAUUUUUCACAAGACUUUAGAAUAUGAUACAUUAUCAAAACAACAAUCUAAGAAACAUUUGGAGAACAAAAGUACUAAGGCCAUAUUAUAUGUAAUUACAAUAAAUUUAAAAUUUUGAUCUUAAGAUAUUAUUAUUCUCAUAUUAUUGGAUUUUUCCCUCCCUUAAUAAUUUCUCAAAAUUGUUCCUCAAGAUACCUUCUUCUACAGGUUUUACAAAACAAUAUUAAACAUAUCAAUCUAAAAUCCAGCUAGUAAUGCUACUUCAGAAGUUUAAUAUUGCUUUUAAUUUGGGCUUUUAAAAAUAUAUAAUUGCAACAUUACAGUCAAUGUUCAGUGAUCUUUUUUUUAAAGACAGUGGUUUAGGCAUGCCAAAGUUUUGCUAGAAAAUGAAAUUUACCUAGUCAUUUUAAAUAAGAGAAUCUUCUCCUGCAACUUUUAAAAUAUCCCAAUAGCCCCAGAAAUUAGCACUUACUCUGGAUUUGGAACUAUGGUUCAAGUCUAAGACAACCAAUAUGUUCAAGUUUUGUGGAGAAGGAAGAAGCGGCAUUGAGCAUAAUGUAACUGGAGGGCAUUUCUCCCACUUGUUAUUGCAUCUUUGCUCAUUUCACUUGUGGCACUGCGUUAGGCUGUCUAAAGCAAUCACCAAAAAAAUACAGGUGAACUACAUCUUACAAGAGUUACUAAGAGAAAACAUUCAUCUAAUGUUCAACAGUGAAUUUUAAGGAUUUAAAUCCUGUCUUAAUGACACUAGGGCUAAACUUCAUGGCUGGCUUCAUAAAGCACAUCCCACUUUAUUUCUGAAUUUUUCAUGCCCCUUCUCAUUUCUUACAAGAACAUCCAGAUAAGUUAGAAUAGUGCCAACUUGUUUGAUCUGCUAACUGACUUUCUUGUUAAUAUUUCAAGUACGGAAUAUAAGGGCUUUCUGUGUGUCCUGACUCACAGGAAAACUGAAAACUGCCAAGGAAAGGAACAUCAUUAUACUUGAGAUAGAUUGACUACAUUAGGGAAAAUGAUUUCUGGAAAUUUGCUAUGAAUGAUUUUUAUGUUUCUACCUUCUUUAAUAUAGGAAUCAGAUCCACAUGCCAUUUAAAACAAAUUUAUUUUUAUUAUAUUCUUUACAAAUCAUAAUUUUUACCUAAAAUUAUGGAAUAUGCAUGUGAAGCACACAUGUAUACUAUAUAAAUUCAACUACUGAAUUUUUCCUGUUUCAUUUCUAAAAGACUGAACUGAUGGUGAACUUAAAGAAGUCAGCUACCAUGAACAUAAGGCUAUUGGAACUAAUUUCAUACAGUAGAGGUGAUUUGUGCAUUCUCCAUAACAAUGUUUUCUUUCACAAUAGGACCACAGACAAAUAUUUAUGUAAAUAGAUAUUUUUGUGUGAUAUUUUGUGGUACAUAUAACUUUUUUUAGUGUUUCACAGCAUUAUUAUUUCAUUUAAUUUGUAUGGAAUAAAGUUUUUAGGUCCAAGUAGACUUGAAUUAAUGUCCUGAUUGUCAGUAUUAUUGAAAAUUCUGUCAACUGUACUGUUAUUCAUCCGUCCCAUAGUUUAGAACAUGACCUGGCUAUCUGGCAUUGUUGCAAGUGCCUUAAAUUCAUGGCAUCCUAUUAAAAAAACAAAUUUGGUGUUAUGCUGCAUGACAAAGACAAACACACCUCAAAACGUGGUCCUUUCUUAGCUUGCUGCGUUUUACAGUUCUUUCUGCUGACAAUUUAUAAGCCUUUAUUAUAUAAUAUUGAUGAAUUACAGAAAUGAUGAAGUUGUUCUCUUAUUUCUGUUCAAUGUACCAGAGCUGUGUAUCUGUUAAUGAGAUACAGCGUCAUUUCUGUGAAAUGUAUAAAUGUAUGUGCAGGUCAAAUUAAUAUAUGACAUACUAUCCGUCUGUAUACAGGUAUUCCUGUUUUGCUAAGUUGUGCAGAUUCAGUUUAAAAAAAAAAAAAAAACUAGUGCAGUCAAGUUAUGAAAUCUCCUUUUUUAGACUCUGUGAAAAACCAUCCAACUCAAAAGAAAAAUUGGAAAAUGACUGCUAACCAAGCCUCAUCACGAAACCAAUAAUGAACAAAUUGCACCACUCAACAAAACAGGAUGCUUCCUCUGAGUUCUUGUAUAUGCAAACCACUAAUAUGGCAAGUUUUCACCAGACCUAGAAAGCUAAACGUUGACCCUGUGUUGUUAGCCCUCCUCUUUAUCUGCCCUUGCAUCAACAGACAGAGCUCUGGGACAUGACAGCGACUCAGAGGUUUGGACUUCCGAGUAAAGGGACGUUUCUUGAAGCAUCAUCUAUCAAAUUUAUUUCAGUGUAUGAUGUUUUUACAACUGGUCGGUUCUUUUGUAUUCUUACAGCCAUGGCUAUUUGAUUGUCCUCUUGCAAUUUGUUCUACAUGAAAGAGUCCUUUGUUAGCAGAAUGCAACAACUAUCAUCCGGUGGUCACUGACCACUUGCACUCUUUUGAUGUAGAUUAAAAACUUUUUCAUAAACUUAACCUGCUUUGAUUUGCUCUGUAUUUUUCCUGCAGCUGUAAUUGCCGAGUGCCUGUUGUAUACUUUAUAGAGUUGAAAUAAAAAAAUAAUUACUUUUGAA